AUGCCGUCCGCUGGCAAGCUCUUCUUCCUGUCUCUGUUUGCGCUUUGGGGAACACCUGUGCAAUGCGAGACCAACGGAGCCCGUGAUGACGAUUGCGCAAUAUCGCCCAAGUCCAUCGUCAACGAUGCUUGCGCCUCCUACUCCACCCUCGAGCGCCUCAACCGCAAGGUCAAGCCCGCCGUCGACGACCUGACCAAGGAGACCGACUUCUUCUCCUACUACCGACUCAACCUCUUCAACAAAGCAUGUCCCUUCUGGAACGACGAGAAUGGCAUGUGCGGCAACAUCGCCUGUGCUGUGGAUACGAUAGACAACGAGGAGGAUAUACCCAAAAUAUGGAGAGCAAGCGAGCUGGGCAAGCUGGAGGGUCCCUCAGCGAAACAUCCCGCCAAGAAGGUACAGAAAGAAAGACCACAAAGACCUCUACAAGGCUUGCUAGGAGAGAAUGUCGGUGAGAGCUGUGUGGUAGAGUACGACGACGACUGCGACGAGCGAGAUUACUGUGUGCCAGAGGACGAGAGCGCGAGUGCCAAGGGCGACUACGUGAGUUUGGUUCACAACCCCGAACGAUUCACUGGGUUCGCGGGCGAGGGGGCCAAGAUGGUAUGGGAUGCCAUCUACCGGGAGAACUGCUUCCAGAAGUCGUCGUUCCCGCAUUCCGCCUCACUCGGUGGACAAUCAUCCCGUCAGGGAUCGGCAGCCCAAGACUUCCGCAAUGUGCUCCAGAAGAUGGAACGGCAGCAGUUGCAGCAGCAGCACCACCAGAACCCAAGCACGUCCUUCGCGCAGACGGGACUGGAGAACGAGGACGAAUGCCUCGAGAAGCGCGUGUUCUAUCGCGUCAUAUCGGGCAUGCACGCGAGCAUUAGCAGCCAUCUCUGCUGGGAUUUCCUGAACCAGACCACCGGCGAGUGGCAGCCCAACUUGAAGUGCUACACUGAGAGACUGCACACACAUCCCGAGCGCAUCUCGAAUCUGUACUUCAACUAUGCGAUGGUCACCCGCGCCAUCGCGAAACUCGGCCCACACCUGCAAGACUACACUUUCUGUACCGGUGAUCCCGAACAGGACGCAGAGACCAAGGCGAAGGUUCUCGCAGUUACAGAUGGGGCAAUGUCGGUACCUCAGAUCUUUGAUGAGAGUCUCAUGUUUCAGAACGGUGAGGGUCCCUCUCUGAAAGAGGACUUCAGGAACCGUUUCCGCAACGUCAGCCGGAUAAUGGACUGCGUAGGAUGCGACAAGUGCCGUCUCUGGGGAAAGGUCCAGACAGCUGGAUACGGCGCGGCCUUGAAGGUCUUGUUCGAGUUCGACAACGACAGCGGCGAGAUUCCCGAGCUUAAGCGAACGGAACUCGUGGCACUCUUCAACACCUACGCCAGGCUCAGCAGCUCGAUGCAAGCCGUCAGUAAUUUCAGAAGCAUGGUGGAGGAGGAGGAGGAGGGGCAAUCCGGCAAAGCCAGUUUCUCACCCAUCCCUGAUCGGGCGAAGAAGCCCCACGCUGUCGGUAUGGCACCGCGUUCACCUGAAGAGACAACUGCAGAUGCCCAUAUAGAGGACUCCGAUGACGAUUGGGAUGACGAGGAAGAACAAGAAUCACCAUCCAAGAAGAACCGCCCCCCUCCUGAGACUACCAGCGAGGCCUUCUGGCAGGAGCUAGACCUGGUGUGGAAGGCAGUCAAGGUAGUCUUCAGAAGCUGGGCCAGCUUCCCAAAGACACUGUUUUUCAUAUUGAUAUCCGAGCUAAACCGUCUCUGGGAGUUCUACAUCGGUCUGCCGGUGACGCCGCGGAAUUGGAGUUUUGCGCGGCCGAGUUUAGAUGAGCUAUAG